UUAGUAGCCUUGUCAAGCUGUCAGUAGUCGUGGCGCAGUAAUGUCAAAUGUAAAUACAUGUUUGUUAGAUUGCUUUGCUGCGCCCUGUAUACACUCAGUCUAGUCGUGCACGGAAAAAUCGAAAUAAGGGACGCCAACGUGGCUACGCUGAGCCGGGAUGACAUCGGCAUGAUAUUCUAUAUCACCGUGCAGAAUUCGGACAUCUGCGGAUACGAGGUCAAGGUCAGCAUGAUCGAGUGCACCGAGGUUAUAGACGAGAAGGACAAGGACUCGGGGUUCAUGUAUCUGAUCGGUGGUCACAUGGGAUACCUGAAACCGAAGUGCUACAAGAACGUCACGCUGCUUUAUCCAAAUAUGUAUUUGCACAACAGGAGGGGCUAUUGCUUGAUCUCGUUAAAAUUCAAAAGUGACCACGAUCAGAUCCAACAGAAGAAGGCCAACAUCACGUUCGACACAUGGAUUUCGAAGAGCGUCGCAACACCACCAAUACUCAGAGGAUAUUAUUCUAAAACGGAGGUUCGCAACUGCGCCAGUCCGGAUCUCGAUCCGCUGAACAAAUGCAAACCGGUGGAUUGCCACAGGAAGUAUCUGGGUAGCAGGAAUUACUUUAACAAGAAGUGGCAGAGGUGCCAGAAGGUUCCGGUUUGCGUCGCCGAUCCAUCCAAAGAACUAGUAGACGUGAUAUUUACACCAUCAAACAACAAAUGUCGGGACAUGGAGAAAUCUGUGACGAAGUCGGAUCUGCAGUUAAUCGAAGCGGGAACUUUGAAAGGUCCUUGCGAGGAAACGUACCAAAGCUUGUUAAAUAUUGAUUGUCAUUAUGGUAAGUUGAACAACGUGACCGGCGACUGCGAAUGCGACCCCGGCUGGAUGUCCGCACCAUUCGACAAAGACCAGACGGACGUGGCCAAUCUCUUCGUCUACCACAUGUGCAACAUAGAAGUUGCCGAAUGGUACGACACGAGCUCGAGGAAGAUCAAAGUCAUGGCUCUCAUCGUUGGAGUACGUGCACUUUUUGUCGAUGAACUCUUAAGAUUAGGUCUGAUGCAGUUGUCUGUUUGCAGAUUUUAGCGGUGGUCAUUGCUAUGAUCAUCAUAAUCAUGUCGUUCCUGGUGCAGCAGUGCUACAAUUGCAUCAAAUCGUUCGAGAACAGCGAACGGUGGACGCGGAGAUCGAGGAAACCGAAGACUGGUAAAGGUGUCGGCAAAAGGAGGAGCAGAUCCGGUGGGUCCACUGUGAGUCGGACGACGCCCUCGAAAAGUAGUGAUAAGGGCAGCACCGAAGGCACUUCUGUAUCCACCAAAUCUUCCAACGUGUAGUAUUCA